AUGGGGGCGAGGGCGGUGGCGGUGCGGGCGCCGAGGGCGGGGCGACGGAUGGUGAAGACGGCGAGCUCGAGCAGCGGACGGUUCGAGAGCCGCGCGAGCGCGUCGAUGACGUCGCGCGCGCGGGAGAUGGAGCAGACGUUGGAGGUGCAGGCGGAGGGUGAGGGUGUUGAAGAUGAGAUGCGUGAGAUCGCGGUGGAUGCGCGCGCGCCGCGAGUGCGAAGAGAUCGGGCGAAGACGGCGUCGAGAGAGCUCAAGCGGAGAUUUCAGUCGCGAGACGCGCGGUGCGUCAUCCUCGCGGGUGGGGCGGAUGAGACGAAUCCGUUGACGCGAAGACGCGCGAGGAGUGCGGUGCACUUGGCUGGGACGUAUCGCGUGAUCGAUUUCCCGAUGACCAACCUCAUCAACUCGGGGAUGCGUCAGUUGUACGUCUUGACGCAGUUCAACAGUCACUCGCUCGUGACGCACGUGAACAAGGCGUUUCCUUCGGAAUUAUUCGGAGGCGAAGUAAAUGGUUUCGUUGAAGUUUUACCGACGAGCCAAACUCGCGAGCAUGGGGAGACGUGGUCGUUGGGAAGCGCGGAUUGUGUCGCGAGACACUUGUCGAGCGGCUCGCUGACCAAGUACACGUACGAGAUGCGCAUGGAGGAUGAGUGUUUACGACAGCUCGGCUCGCUCGAUGAGUGCUUGAUGAGUGAGCUCGACGGGACAACCAUCAUUUUGUCCGCGGAGGCGCUUUACUCGAUGAAUUUCGCCGAGCUCUUGGAGCAGCACUUCUUGAAGGGAGCAGAUGUCACAAUUGCUACGUGCAAUCAAAUCUCCUCUGACCAGGCAAACGCCUUUGGAAUCCUGGACGUUGACGAGAUGACAGCUCAAGUGAAUUGCUUCAUUGAGAAGCCGACGAAGGCUCAAUUGGAAGAGUUCAUGCAGUGCACGACGGAAGAGCUCGAAAGCUGCAAGCUCGACGCCAACAUGGGCGUGUACGUUUUCAACAACUCCGCCCUAUUGGAGUUGUUGACGGCGUCAAAGUCUGGCGUGGCGCCAGGGGACCGACACGAGUUCGGUAAGGACGUGAUACCGUACGCGAUUGAUAUGGGUUACGACGUGAAGGCUUUCAGACAUUCCGAUUACUGGAAACCGCUCCGAAGUCUUCGCGACCUUUACGAGGCGAAUAUAUCCAUCGCCGUCGGCGGCGACGCCGCUUCACUUCUCACACACGGGCGUCAGGUGUACACUAAGCCGAACUUUUUGCCGCCCACCACGUUCCAUGGUUCAGUUUACACCGAGAAAACAAUUUUCUCGGAUGGAUGUCUCGUUCAGGACGGUUCACGCAUCGUGAACUCCGUCAUUGGCGCGUGCACCUCUAUCGACAAGAACGUCGAUCUGGAAGGCGUCGUCGUCGUCGGGCGCGACGAAAUAAUGAAACGAUCCGGCGGUGUGAACAGCGUCCCCGACAUCGGUGCGAACACCAUCAUUCGCAAGUGCAUCAUCGAUUCUGAUGCCACCAUUGGCGCGAACGUGCGUAUCGUGAACGCGGCUGGGAUUGAAGAACUCGAUCGCACCGAUGAAGGAUACGUUAUCACCGAAGGCAUCGUCACCAUCCUGGGUGGUGCGAUUAUUCCGGACGGUUUCGUCAUCUAA